GUUAGUUGUCCGCGGUCCGCUCAAGUUGCCGGUCGCUUAGCAACUUUCGGUGUCUCUCGAUCCUCGAUCCACUUUCUCGAUCUUUCAACCCUCUUUAUCACCUUGUGUUUUAAGUUUGUGUUCUGGUUUGUGAUUAAUUUUCACCCCACAAUUUUCUCCAACCUAUUUCCUUACUCUUCCUUAUUCAAUUGUUGAAAUGUUCUGAAUAAUUUUUGUGAGUUUUUAAGUUUCAAGUUAGAUUGGUGAGGAGAGCUGAAGUGAUGUUUGUGUGAUAAUGUUGUGUAGCAGCCUCACAUGGCAAUUACACCUGGGGAUGAAGACUCCUCAAGCGGCGUUGGCGUGGCGGUACCGGGCCUGUUUCGCAGCCGGUCGCUGCCGCACCUCUACACGACCGACUCUGGCGUCGGCGGCAGUUUCAGCGACGCUCCCGGCGCUGUCAACGGGAGCGGAAGCAACCACCAUCACCAUCACCGGGACCCACCCGGGACCACUGAGCUCCGUCAGCUAUUGACCCUCAAGCAGCACUAUUACCCUGAAGGUGGCUGGGGGUGGGUGGUGUUGUUGACUGCCUUUCUGGUGCAGCUGCUCACUCAUGGACUCCACACUGCUUCUGGUGUCCUGUUGUCGGAGACUGUUAACCGGUUCGGACGGGAGGUCGCUAUGCCUGCAGUUUCUAAACAAAUAUCCAAGUACGAGAACAUCCAACAGCAACAAACUUAG